AUGAACAAUCCUUCUAUAGGUAUACACAUCUCGGUAUUAUAUCACCGUUCUUAUUAUCAUUAUAACCACAACCACAAUUACCAUUGUUUGUUUUUUCCUGCAUAUAUCAUGUCCACUAACAAUAAAGAUAUCUUCACUCUAUUUGAUAAGAAAGCACAGGGGUCCAUUGACAGUUCUAUGGUAGGUGACUAUCUUAGAGCCAUAGGUUACAAUCCAACUAAUAAACAGGUCCAGGAUUUGAUAGACUCACAAGAUAACAGCGCCAGUAACGGCACUUUCACAUUGGAUCAAUUGGAACAGUUGAUCUCUGACAAUCAACAACUAUUGGAUUCUACCACACAAAGCAAAGUCGAGGACUUCAUAAAGGCGUUCCAGGUCUUCGAUAAAGAUAACACCGGAAAAGUUACUGUCGGUGACUUGAAAUAUAUGUUGACUGGUCUUGGUGAAAAACUAAGCGAUGAUGAAGUGGAGGAAUUAUUAAAAGGUAUUGAUGUGGAUUCUGAUGGUGGAAUUGAUUAUAGAAAGUUUAUUGAAGAUAUAUUAAGACAAUAA